UUUUUAGUAAUUCUGAAUUGAAGUUUUUAUGUUGCGUAGAAUUAUUUCGGUCUAUGCUUUUAGAUUGCACGGGACUUAAAUGUUCUAUUUGGUUUUUAUAAAAUUUUGUUGUGUGCUUAUUAUUUAGCUGGCGUGUCAUAUUUUCGAAUUUUAUUGGAAAGAUGUUUUAAAAUUUUUAACUCAUGAGAAUUUUCUUUUACAUUCACUUUAUCUACAAAUUUUGUUAUAUUUUUUAAGGCAAAACAACAUUUAAAUUAAUUUUGUUUUAUUGUUUAAUUACAACAAUGUUAGACACAUUACUUGGUUAUUUACCUGAGUGGUUGCAGAAUUUGAGCACGGUAAUUCUUGUUGUUCAUGGGGUUUUGGGUUUUAUUGCUGGAUAUAUGGUUCAACAACUUUCUGUUACAAUUUAUACUGUUGGUAUUGGAUUUGCUAUCUCAUGUUUGGUUGUUUUGCCACCUUGGCCUUUUUAUCGUCGUAAUCCUUUAAAUUGGCAACCAAAUCCUCAAAAGGAUGUUGACAAUGGACAGAAGGGUUCCUCGUCUGGAAAUAAUAAAAGUACAAAGAAAUCGCGUUAA